AUGCUACAAUUUAUCCUUUUAUUGGCAAUCUUCAUUAGCUCUUCCAAUGCUCAGUAUGAGAAUGAUCCGGAUGUAAAGGAUGUAGUAAAUGAAUCAAUGAUGCAAAUAAACGAUCAAUUGAGAGGUCAAAGUUUGUUUAAAUUGGAAAAAAUACUGAAAGCAAAUGUCUUAGUAGUGCAAAGUACGAUCUAUAAAGUUACACUUCUUCUUGUCCCAACAACCUGUUCAAAGGAUCAAAGAGUUCAAGAUUUGUCAAGAUGUCAAGUGGAUAGAAGACAGGGAAAACAGAAGAUUUAUGCUGAAAUAUCAGAAUCAAUGACUGGUAAACUUACAGUUAAAGUUCGUUAA